ACCCAUCUGCGUCUUUGAAUCUUCUUUUACCAAAUUAAUCAUUGCCGUUUCGGUCGAACUUGAAUGCUUUGUUUUCCUCCUUAUUUCUUUCCCACUUUGUUUGUAUUCUCCUUUUCAUGGGUACAUCACACCAUUUUCGCCUCGAGUAGAAGAUCGUUGAAUUUGGAAUAAUGGGUCUUUUUCUUUUUCCUUCUAUGUUUGUGGCCACAAAAUAAAGAGAGAGAUCCUUCGCGUUCAUUCUUGCCUUUUAGUUUUUUGUCUUUGCCCUCUCAUCCCUCUCUAGGGUUUCUGAUUUCGUGGCUUAGAGAAGAGAACACCCUGGUAGGAGGAGGAUAGGAAGAUAAAGUCUUCAGCUGGUUGAAGCUGCACAAGGUCCCUGGGAGGAUUUUAUCAUGGCGAGAGGCAAAAUUCAGCUGAGGCGAAUCGAGAACCCGACGAGCCGGCAAGUCACCUUCUCGAAGCGCCGGACCGGGAUGCUGAAGAAAGCUUACGAGCUCUCAGUCCUCUGCGAUGCCGAAGUCGCCGUGAUCAUCUUCUCGCAGAAAGGAAAGCUUUACGAGUUCUCCAGCAAUUCCGAAAUACAAAAGACAAUUGAUCGAUACCGUAGAUCAGCAAAUGAUGCGGAUAAGUACCGGGCUGACAUGGAACAACAUAUUCUGCGUUUGAAGCAAGAAACCGCGGAUAUGGAGAGGAAGAUUGAGCUUCUUGAAGCUUCUCUACGGAAGCUAUCAGGACAAUGUCUCGGAUCGGAUUCGAUCGAUGAAAUCCAAGAGAUUGGGGAUCAGCUCGAGCGAAGUUUGAGCAGCAUUAGGGCAAGAAAGGUGCAGUUAUUCAACGAUCAGGUACAGCAGUUACAAGCAAAGGAGUGGUCUCUGAAAGAAGAGAAUGCAAAGCUUCUUGCAAUGUGCCAUGCAUAUUAUUGGCAGUCAUCAGCUCAUCCGGAAGCAGCAGCAAUACAUAGCAGCAGCAGCAGGAGCACCGAUGUCGAGACCGAGUUGUUCAUUGGAUUGCCCAAGUUAAACUGAUUCGGCCAUCACCCGACACCGGGCU